AUGUCGCGUAGUCCGGAUCCAGUAGAAUCUCAACCAACCGAAAUUUUUACGUGGCUUAGAGAAGGGUAUGCUCAUAAAAGUGCCGAAGUUGGAUAUCUUGCCGCCGAAGCUGAUCGAUUGAAAUGGUUAUAUGAUCAAAGUGUUCAUCAAGUUUCACUUCUCAAAACUGAAAUUGAAAAGUUGACAAAGAAAUUGGAAGAUAAUGGAAUUAAGAAGGACAACCAUGCGGAUAAUGAACCUUCAAAGAGGCGUCAAUUAAAUAAUAAUAAUAAUAAUAAUAAUGGAAGAGGAGGAGGAGGACGUUUUCAGAAUAGACAUCAAAAUUACAUUUUUAAUAAUUUGAGAAGAAAAGUAUCACAAAAUGGAUUAAUGUCGAAAGCUAGUACGAAUAGUGAUAAUCAUAAAGAUAAUUAUAGUGGAGAAGAAAGUGAAGAUAACGAUUCUUGA